UGAAUGGAAGAACGGAACAACCAAAUCAAUCAAUUCAUAUUCAAAAGAAUUUCGUGACGAUUGCCAACCGAUCGAAUAACAAUAUUAAAACGAACGCUCGAUUUCGUAGUGGAUAUUGCUCAAAUAGUGUCGCGUGCUUGUUUGUUUGUUCAUUUUUUACACAUCGGCUGUAAAUAUCAUAUGAGCGACUGUGCCGCGGUGACCAUAUUGUGUGUACGAACGCGCGGAGACUUAGAACAAAGAUUGUUAUAAUAUUUACUAUUAUCAGACUCUUAUCAUAAUUCAUGCUGUUUAAGUGAUUUCCUAGCAUUGGUGACGUCCGAACGCGCGUAAUUACUACAGACAUGGCAGAGAGCGAGAUGGCACUAUGUAAAUCGCAGAAAAUCUACAACAGUCGGCCCGCCGACUUGUCUGCUAUGUGAUUCCUCAAAUAUAAAAAGAAAGUGAAAAUUAAAUUUUAAUAACGUCAAGAAAAAGUGAUAAACUAGUGUUUAAAAGUGUAAAUAACGCAUUCCGUUCAUAUUUAGUGCUCAAAUCGUGUAAAACAAGUGUUAAGCUCAAAUAUAACAGUUCCUCAAAAUGGCUAGUGACUCGAAAUACGUCCAUAAUCGCAUACAGUGAAUUGAAGUGAAUUUCUAGUGAUACCUAGUGUUUUAGUGUUUCUACAAAAAAUAAUGCUUAGGUGAAUACAACGCCAUCUAUCGUGAGAUGGUCGGUGUUUGUUGAGUUGCGUUGAGUUCAGCGCCAUCUGUUGUCGAGUGGCGGCGAUGCGUAGUACUUAAACAUGGAGGCCGGUUUCAUACCGGUUGCUAGCGGGAAUGGCGGGUCGGCGCCAACCGCGAACAACGUCGUGGCGCCACAAGCGAACGUGAUCCGAGCGCCGGGACUCAAGCGCGGGAAAAUGGAAGAAGCUAUUUCUGAUCGGAUAAAGCUAGAGAGUGUUCUCGGCUUGACGGUGAGCAGCAACGCGGCUCUCGACUGCGAUCCCAACACCGAACUAGUCGCUUAUCCAGCAGGAUGCACGGUAGUCCUGUACAACGUGAGGAAGAACCGUCAGAGUCACGUUCUCAACGCGUGCCGGAAGAGCGUGACGUGCGUCGCGUUCUCGCCGGACGGGCGGUACCUGGCGACCGGCGAGUGCGGACACGCGCCCGCCGUCCGCGUCUGGGACCUGCAGGACCCAACAGCGUCCGGCGCGGUACAAAUAGGAGAAUUUUCUGGACACACUCAUGGGGUCAGCUGUGUGGCCUUCUCAACGUCGUCGAAGUACCUGGUGUCGAUCGGCUCCCAGCACGACAUGAUCGUGAACGUGUGGGACUGGCGCGCCAACCUGAAGCUGGCUAGUAACAAGGUGUCGUCUCGCGUGAAGGCUGUAAGCUUCUCGGAGAACGGCAACUACUUCGUGACGGUCGGCUUCAGGCACGUCAAGUUCUGGUAUCUGGAGUACUCGAGGAAUGCCAAGUUCAAAGAACCUGUCCCUCUGAUGGGUCGGUCCGCGAUCCUGGGCGAGCAGAAGGACAACGAGUUCUGCGACGUGGUGUGCGGGCGCGGGGACUGCGCGGAUAGCACGUACGCCAUCACGCGCGGCGGACUGCUCUGCGAGUUCAACGGGCGACGCCUGCUCGACAAGUGGGUCGAGCUCAGGACCACGUCGGCCAACUGCAUGUCGCUGGGCCUGUCGUACAUCUUCGUGGGCUGCGCGGAGGGCAUCGUGCGCUGCUUCACGCCGCGCGGCCUGCGCUACGUCACCACGCUGCCGCGCACGCACUACCUCGGCGUGGACGUGGCCAGCGGGACCAACAUCAGCCACAUGUUCAGCCAGCCAGCCGGAGCCCGCUACCCGGACGCCGUGGCCCUGACUUACGACUCACGGAACCACAAGCUCACGUGCGUUUAUAACGACCACAGUUUGUAUGUGUGGGAUGUCAGAGAUAUUAAAAGGGUGGGCAAGUCCCACUCGGCCCUGUACCACUCGGCGUGCAUCUGGGGCGUGGACAUGCAGGCGGCGGGCGGCGGCUUCCUCACCUGCUCCUCCGACGACACCGUCCGGCUGUGGCAGCUCGCGCCGCAGCCCACCAACAUAUACAGCAAUGAACUGAACAAAGUGUUUUACAUCGACCCCGAGCUGAAGUUCUUGAAGGACGUCGACCUCACGACCACGGACAAGGACAAGGCGAAGUCUUACGAUGAUAAGACUGGAGUCAGAUGUGUCCGCAUAUCCCCGUGCGGCAGCCACGUGGCGGCGGGGGACCGCGCGGGCAACGUGUGGGUGCUGGCGGCGGGCGGGAGGGGGGGGCUGCUGCACCGGCUGGAGGCCCACGACGCGGAGGUCCUGUGUCUGGAGUACGCCGCGCAGCCGCCGCUGCUGGCCUCCGCCUCCAGGGACAGGCUCAUACACGUGUUCCGCGUCGAUAAGGGUUACCAAAUAAUGCAGACCCUGGACGACCACUCGUCGUCCAUCACGGCGGUGCGCUUCCUGAACUCCGGCGGAGGACUGCAGAUGGUCUCCUGCGGGGCAGACAAGACCAUACUCUUCAGACAGCUGAGGAAUACACAGGAUGGCGGCUACCAGUUCCAGCGCGGCCAGAACGUGUCAGGUCGCACCACGCUCUACGACAUGGAGGUGGACGCGGGUGGUAGACAUAUACUGACGGCCUGUCAGGAUCGUAACGUGCGAGUGUAUAGCGCGGCUCACGGGAGACACACCAAAACCUUCCGGGGGACUACUGCUGAGGAUGGGACGCUUAUCAAGGUGGCCCUGGACAACAGCGGCAUCUACCUGGCCACGUCCAGCACGGACAAGAUCCUCAGCGUGUACGACUACUACUCCGGGGAGUGCAUGGCCACCAUGUACGGACACUCCGAGAUCGUUACUGGGUUAAAGUUCACCCCGGACUGCCAGCACCUGGUGUCGGCGUCGGGCGACGGCUGCGUGUUCGUGUGGCGCGUGCCGCACGACAUGGUGGUCACCAUGCGGGCCCGCCUCGCGCAGCAGGCCAUACGACAGGGGAAGAAAGUCCCGUCGAGUAACGGCAUGUCGGGUCUGGACAGUGAGAGCGACUCGCACCUGGGCUCGCCGCCGCGAGAGCUGCCCUUCGACGACAACAAGUUCAGUACCCCCGUAGUGCCAGACUAUACCCUCCGCAUCGGCCGCCUCCCGACGUGGGCCAAGAAGAGCCUGGGCGACUCCGCGCUGGGCGGGGAGCCGCCCGCCCCCGAGCCGCCCGCGCGCGGCAAGUGGGCCGCCAGGAUCAACACCAACACCGAGAAACGCGCCGACUCGGACGGGUCCAAAGACAGCUCCCUGGACAGUGGCACUGACACCAGAUACAUUGAGAAACGGAAAGAACAGAACAGCGGCAAGCAGAGACCGAAAUCGCUGAAUCUGUCUCAACUGCCGCGCGUCGAAGCCUUGUUCAGGAACUUCGACGCGACCAUGAGAAAGACAUACGAUAUACUGACAAUAUCGCCCAGGGUUGAGAAGGUAACGAUUAAUUUGUCGAAAAGUCACGCGACUGAGACGCGGACGCGACACCAUACCGACGACUCGUCGCUCGGCAGUUUUAAAUAUGAGGACCAAGAGUCGACGGAACACGACGGUGACAUCGAGGACAUAUCGGAUGGCGAGAGGACGUCCUCGUCCGAGCGCGGGAACAGGCCGACGUACUACCCAGGGAACAAUGAUGACGACACGCCGGGAGAGUUCAUGGUGAACGCCAUGGACGCUGAUGAGCUGCGUGAGUCUGUCCGCCGCUCCAAGCGCUGGGCGGGAGAGGCGCGCCUCGAGCUGCCGCCGCCGCACGCCAAGCUGGCCGGGACGCCGCAGGACUCGGAUGAUGACGAGGUGUCCACCCCCUCCGGCGACAACACGGAACGCAACCCCCUGUCCGGGUCGUGCGACUCCCUGGACACGGCCGGCCGCCGGGAGAAGUACAUCAAGUCGGCCUUCGACAGCCUCAGCGGGGCCGAGAUGGACGCCACGCUUACUGCCGGCAACACGUCCCUGUCGGCGCUGCACCUGUCGCGCGCCCCCGCGCCCCCGCCGCGCCCCCGCGCCGCGCCCCGCGCCGCGCCGCGCGCCCCCGAGCCCGACGCCGCGCGCCGCCGCGAGGAGCUCAACAGGCGGAUACUCGAGACCAGGAAACAGCUCGAGAGCGUGGCGUACCGCUCCAACCUCAAGUCCAGUCAGUCGACUACGGACCUCUCCUACAUACCGGAGAAGGACAACACGAGGCGAGGCAGACCCGUCUCCAUGGCUAUCCCAUCCAAUUCUAGAACUUACGCGAACCGUUCGCACCUGUCCGCCUCCGACCGCGAGGACGAGGGGACGGGCAUGCGCCGCGCCAUCUCCCUGUCGGACCUCGCGGCCAAGCCGCUGCCCGCGCCCAGGACCCCGCAAGGGCCGGCCUCCAAACCCUCGACCCCUCAGAACGGCACAGCCAAGUCCCCCGGCUUCGCUCGCCCCGCGCCGCGCUACAACAACAAGUCUAACAUGACCAGGAGUUCUAGUGUCGGAGUACUCAAUCAGAGCGACUCGGAGUCGGACCCCCAGCCGUCCCGGCAGCAGAGCUCGCGGCCGCAGGGGCUCAUGCGGCCCACCAUCUCGUCCAUGAACAAGGCGGCCGCCAACACCGCCAGGCGACGGGGGCUGGCCAACGCCUAUAGCGCAGUGAGUUUGGCCACCGCUGGGCAAGAGGAGUCCAGCUCGGAGGCCGAGGAGAGGAACAACGGGGAGGGACCGGUCCCACCGAGACCGAGGGCCUCCUCAGUGGACCACAGUCAACGGAGAAUCGGUCGCAGUGGGAGCGAGAGGGACCUAUCGGCUAAAGCGAGAGAGGUGACGGCCAGACUAACAGCUAACACUCGACAGAGACCGAAACCAGAACCGCCGGCCGAAGCCAACAUGUCCUCAUCUCAGCUGUGUUCAGCCCUCACUGAACAGCUGACGAAGACAGCUUGUAAGGUGGUGCAGCUGUACGCCAGCUUACAGCGGGAACCGAACGCGGCGGCCGAUAUCAGCGGUUUAGAAGCAGCGAUCCUGGAGACACAGAAAGUGCUGCGCUCGGCGGUGAACCGGUCUCAGAACGGAGACCAAGCCCUGUCCAGUCUGUCCUCCACCGACGGAGAGUAUCGGCUGAAUGUAGACAACACGCGAAAUAAACUCGAGAAUCUCGUGUCCAAAGAAGCGAACGCCAACAACCCCGCCAUGUCAUUAAUAGAGCAAUACUCAGACAUCUUGUUAAACAUCAUGCAGACCAAGAUGGUGAACCAGUUCUCACAGCCGCAGAGCCUGCCGCCGACCACGCGCGAGCCCAACGAGGAGAGCUAGUAGUGGGCGACCAGCCAACCGCCGAAAUAACACGUGCAAAGUUCGGCGGAACCGAGGCAGUGAAAAACUUGUGACAGGUUGUGAAUGUGACAUUAGUGAGAAUACUACGAAUUGUUGUGUGUGUGCAGCAAAUAUAAGGCUUGGUAGUUCGGCGAAAUUAAGGUACUUGUGACCCUGUGACGAAAGGGAGGGUAAACGCAGUGAAAAUAAGUGAAACUGUUGAUUUGAAAGUUCGGCGGAGUGUUUUCAACAAAGAAUUACAUGAAGGUGAGAAUUGCCAGCAAAAUUAAUGACGAAUUGUUUCGGAGAAAAUUCGUGUUGAUAAACUAAAUUGUUCUUAAACGAAAUUUUAAUAAAAUUGUUUCAAAGAAUUGUGAAACAUGUUACAAUGUUUUUAAAUGUGAGAAUCGUGUGGUGUUUCGAUUUUUCAAGUUCUGUCCAAAGUUAAAUUAUGAGUCAUUGUGAAUCGAUUUAAAUAGCGUAACGAUUGUUAUCGAUAAGUUAUCGAUUUCGACUUGUAAUAAUCGUUAAACGUGAUAUUUAAGUGGCUAGUAUUAAAAUGUAUUAAACUGUUACUAGAUAGCAAUUUGGGUGUGUUACUGAUGCAGUCUUUAAAUCCGCGGAUUUACGGAAACGGAUGUCAACUUCCCAAACAAUUUUAAUAACAAAAUCCGUAUUUUUUGAAGCCACAUCUUUACCAACAAAUCCGUAUCUGUUAUCAAUAUUUACUGUCUCAAUAUUAUCUAUAACUCUUGAACUUCUAGUGAAUAUUUUCAAAAGAUCAUAAGACAUCCGUAUUUAAUUCCGUAUCCGUGAUUUCCGGAUGUACGAAAUCCGCGACCGCAGAUGCAACAAACUCACUUAGAAUGAAUCAUUAAUGAUGUAACUACGGGUUAUGAAUAACUGAGCUAAUGUAAAUAUAUUAAUAUUUAAUUAAUAUUCAUAGGGAAACUGUCAAUUUGUGCGCGAGUCCAUUUUGAAAGUCGCAAAACGCGACGAUGCUGCCAUCUGGGAAUUUAAAACUUUAACGACAUCUAUGAUUUUUCAUAAAUAACUUUUCCAAUAAAAUAAAAAAUUCUUCGUUCGUC